AUGGCUCAGGAUCACGUUCCAUGUGAUUCGAGUAAUCAUGCAUCGAACAUGAAAGAAGGAGCAAACGACUCGCUAGUUGUUUGUUUUGGGGAGAUGUUGAUCGACUUUGUACCAACAGUUGGUGGGGUUUCACUGGCAGAAGCACCUGCUUUCAAGAAGGCCCCUGGUGGUGCUCCUGCUAAUGUAGCUGUUGGUAUAUCAAAACUAGGUGGAUCAUCAGCUUUUAUAGGCAAGCUUGGUGACGAUGAAUUCGGGUAUAUGCUGUCUGACAUUUUGAAACAAAACAAGGUGGAUAACUCUGGCGUGCGAUUUGAUUCUACUGCAAGGACUGCUCUGGCAUUUGUGACACUCAGAGCUGAUGGCGAACGUGAAUUCUUGUUUUUCCGUCAUCCAAGUGCAGACAUGCUUCUUCAAGAAUCGGAAUUAGAUAUAAACCUCCUUGAGCAGGCCAGGAUCUUUCAUUAUGGAUCAAUUAGUUUGAUUUCAGAACCUUGCAGGUCGAGUCAUAUUGCGGCAAUGAGAAUUGCUAAAAAGUCUGGCAGCAUCCUUUCUUACGAUCCAAAUUUGAGAUUGGCAUUAUGGCCAUCAGCAGAGGCUGCUAAGAAAGAAAUAAUGAGUAUAUGGGAUCAAGCUGAUGUUAUAAAGAUAAGUGAGGACGAAAUUACAUUCUUAACUGGAUGUGAUGAUCCUAAUGAUGAUAAAGUAGUCUUGGACAAGCUUUUUCAUCCCAAUCUGAAGCUUUUGAUUGUAACUGAAGGUUCAGAGGGUUGUCGAUAUUACACCAAGGAAUUCAAAGGCCGGGUUCCUGGUGUUAAGGUGAAACCUGUUGACACAACCGGUGCAGGUGAUGCAUUUGUCGGUGGGAUGUUGAGCAACCUAGCUUUUAACCUAAAUCUAUUCAAGGAUGAGAAGCAAUUAAGAGAAGCUCUUCUAUUUGCAAAUGCCUGUGGUGCUGUCACGGUGACAGAGAGAGGUGCGAUCCCUGCACUACCCACAAAGGAUGCAGUCCUUAAACUCUUAGGGAAAGUCUCUCCAAAAUGA